AUGGAAGCUGGGGCGAAAGAUACCUUAGAGUUACAGGACACUAAAGAAUCAGAUUUUAACAAAGUACCCAACGGAAGCAGCAGCGUACCAAAUGUGAAACCGAAGUCCCGCGAUCAUUGUUAUAGAUGUGAUGGUACACUACUACACAUGAAUCAUCCGAGUGUUACCUCAGGAACGAAACAUACCAGAAAUGUGGGAAACGAGUUUGCGGCUCAGGAAAGAGUCAGAACUUCACCGGACGAAGAAAGGAUGAAAAGCCCAAUCUGCCUUUCUUUGAGGUGGAUGAUGACCGCGAUGAUGAGAAGCCACCACAAGGCACACCUGAAAAAAUUUGAGAAACUGCUAGAUGAGAACAGCGAAGUGUUUCAGGAUGAAAUUGGCAAACUGAAGUCAACAAAAGCAAAACUCACCCUGAAAGAAGGCAGUAAACCAAUGUUUUGCAAGGCAAGGUCGGUCCCGUAUGCCAUGAAACCAAAAGUUGAGGUCCAGCUGAAACGCCUAGAAGAAGAAGGGAUAUUUCGCAAGGUCAGAUUCAGCAACUGGUCGACAUCUAUUGUACAUGUCGUCAAACCAAAUGAUGCUGUACGCAUCUGUGGCGACUAUAAGAUCACAGUAAAUCCCCAACUGCAGACAGAGGAGUACUUCCUUACUCGUAUCGGUGACGUAUUUGCUGAGUUGGCGGGGGGAGGGAGGUUCACCAAGAUUGACCUCAAACAGCCACACGCAUACCAUCAGAUGGAGGUGGAGGAAGAGUCACAGGAGUACUUGACAAUCAACACCCACCAAGGAUUGCACCGAUACAAUCGCCUGGUAUUUGGGAUAGCCUCAGCCUCAACCUCAGCCACGUGGCAGAGAUCAAUGGAUCAAAUCCUAGAAGAAAUAGAAGGAAGAAGGUUCAUCUUAGACGACAUGAUCAUCGCAGGAAAAGAUGAUGAAGGGCAUCUUGAUCACCUGGUGGAAGUACUGAAGAGGCUAAAGGAACAUGGCCUACUAGCAAAUCGGCGGCAAAUGCAAGUUUUUCCAGACGAAGAUCACCUACUGCGGGCACAUAGUUGA